AUGAGUGCUAGCCUAGGCCGAAGCUGGGCUUCUAUGCAAGCGUUGAAGCGUCAGGAAGAAGCUCUGACUGCAGAGGUUCUUCACAAGCGGGCAAAGCUCCGCGCACUGCGAACGCUCCUACCGAAGGCAGAGGCCCGUACGGGUCUUUCUAAAGAGUUCGUUAGUAAUUAUUUGAAAAAUGCAUGCUCCAUUGCUGACAAAGAUGCAAACUCACACAAGCGCAUAGCAUUUGUUCAAAGUAUUUACACUAUUGGGCCAAUCGGUUACAUUGAAAGUGCUCACAUGUUUUCGUUCACGGCAGCAAAGAGGUCGCUAGCGGAAAAUACAUCGCAAACAUUGCAUUUCUUCCCUCCUUAUCUACCAUCAAUUAUUUCACGUUUGUCCUCCACACCCAUGGGGUAUGUGCGUAUUCUGUACUGCUUUUCGAAGAAUUAUACAUUUAGGCCUAAAGUACCAGCCCCUGGAUCAGUAUCUGUCGGCCUUUUUUCAACAAGAUCCCCAUCACGGCCAAAUCAAAUUGCAAUGUCCUAUGCUUAUAUUUCUGGGUCUAUAAACCCUGAGGGUUUGCUACCAGUAGUAGGGCUAGAUGCACUCCAUCAAUCUCCAAUACUUAGUGUUGAGUUUUUUCCCAGCCAAGUAUGUCAGCCCACAAUUUCUCUCAUAGAUGUUCAACUUUCAAGGUCAAAUAGUCAUGAUAGCGAUAGAUGGUUUUCAGAAAAGACGUUUAAAACGCAAGAAAUCAGAUUGCAAAUCCAGGAUGAUGCUCUACAUGUAUUUAAUCGCAUAGUAUCCAGCACCCCUGGAUACAAGCACUUACAGCCGGAAUCCUUCAUACGAAGCAAGCUCUGCGCAGGAACUAAAAACUCUCGAUGGAUGCCUAAGAAGGGGACCAUAGGUUUUGGAAAGUACCGAAUAGCAUACUCUGUUGACUUCUCCACAGACAAGGCUCAUGGUUCUCCAAUACAGAAUGUAACAGUUACACAUAUUUAUGAGUUCUCAAAUACUCAGAAUGCUAUACGUAAAGCUUAA